CGCUUCAAUACUCCGAGAUUCAUACAUUCAUCCGUCAUCCAAAGACGCUGCUCUCAUUCAUCGUCAUCAUCAUUUAUAAAACGCGAGCAACAGACGAAAAUAUACCUGCUCGCUUCUCUCUCCUCUAAACUCCUCCAUCUCCUUCAAGAUCUUGAAAAACAUCGGAGAACGAAACCGUAGCGAUGGCGGAUCCCCUCGAUGCCCUGCGAUCGCUGAUGGCUUCUCAUUCCCCUCCUCUCGAUGCUCUCAUCGUCCCUUCUGAAGAUAAUCAUCAGAGUGAGUACGUAUCUGCGAGAGAUAAGAGGCGUGAAUUUGUCUCCAAGUUCAGCGGGAGCGCUGGUUUGGCCCUUAUAACAAAAAACGAGGCAUUCUUGUGGACGGAUGGCCGAUAUUUCUUGCAGGCUACUCAACAACUGAGUGAACGGUGGAAGCUCAUGCGAAUUGGUGAAGAUCCAGCUGUUGAGACUUGGAUAGCUGAUAACAUUCCAAGUGAGGGUGCUAUAGGAAUAGACCCGUGGUGUGUAUCUGUUGAAACUGCUCAAAGAUGGGAGCGUGCGUUCACCAGGAACAAACAGACAUUAAUACAACUGUCCACCAACUUGGUGGAUGAAGUUUGGAAAGAUCGUCCACCAGCUGAGGAACUUCCUGUAGUGGUACACCCUUUAGAGUUCACAGGCCGUUCUGUAGAAGACAAAUUGAAGGAUCUAAGAGAAAAACUUAUGCAAGAGAAAGCCUUCGGUAUCAUUAUUACUGCACUUGAUGAGGUUGCUUGGUUAUAUAAUGUUCGAGGAAAUGAUGUAGCAUAUUCUCCAGUUGUUCAUGCAUAUGCAAUAGUAACAAUUGACUCGGCGUUCUUUUAUGUGGAUAAGAGAAAGGUUAAUCCUGAGGUACAAUCUUAUAUGAGCAAUAAUGGAAUUGAAGUCCGUGAGUACAAAGUAGUUGAGUCAGAUGCAAGCUUGCUUGCUUCUGGGAAGUUAAGCUGUUCAGGUGCUCGCAAGGAAGCUUGUGAUGAGGCCCAAAAAACUAGGGAAAAUGGUAAAAUAUGGAUUGACCCAGUCUCUUGCUGCCUUGCACUCUACUCAAAGCUGGCUUCUGAUCGAGUUAUCAUGCAACAGUCACCUUUGGCACUUGCAAAAGCUAUCAAGGUAUUGAGCUUGAUGCAUCUCAACCCUAUAUCUAAGGCACACAUCCGAGAUGGUGCAGCUGUUGUGCAAUAUCUUGUCUGGUUGGAUGGACAGAUGCAGGAGAUUUAUGGAGCUUCAGGUUACUUCAUUGAGCCUGAGGGAACACUUAAAAGAAAAUACUCGGAAACUCGGAAAUUAACGGAGGUAACUGUGAGUGAUAAAUUAGAGGGCUUCCGCGCUAAGCAAGAGAACUUUAAAGGGUUGAGUUUUCCAACCAUCUCCUCAGUUGGUCCAAAUGCAGCAAUUAUUCAUUACUCACCAGAUUCAAAAACGUGUUCGGAACUUGAUGCAGAUAGUAUUUACCUAUUUGAUUCUGGGGCACAGUAUCAAGAUGGAACAACUGAUAUAACAAGGACUGUUCAUUUUGGGAAACCUUCUGCACAUGAGAAAGCAUGCUAUACAGCCGUCCUUAAAGGUCAUAUUGCCCUGGAUACUGCACGAUUUCCUAAUGGAACUAGCGGACAUGCUCUUGAUAUUCUUGCACGGAUCCCGCUAUGGAAGGAUGGUCUUGAUUAUCGACAUGGCACUGGUCAUGGGAUUGGAUCUUACUUGAAUGUUCAUGAAGGACCACAUUUAAUUAGUUUCAGACCACAUGCUCGGAAUGUGCCAUUGCAAGCAUCCAUGACUGUGACUGAUGAACCUGGUUACUAUGAAGAUGGGAACUUUGGUAUAAGAUUGGAGAACGUCCUUAUAGUCAAAGAGGCUAAUACAAAGUUUAAUUUUGGUGACAAAGGCUAUUUAACAUUUGAGCACAUCACAUGGGCACCAUACCAGAAGAAACUGAUGGACUUGAAGUUGAUGACCCCAGAAGAGAGAGAAUGGGUAAAUUCGUACCAUGCUAACUGCCGAAGCAUCCUAGCACCACUCUUAAAUGAACUGGAGAUGGAAUGGUUAACGAAAGCAACCGAGCCCAUUGCUAUUACUGCUUGAUUGCUUCAAUGGCUCCAAGUUAAGUGCUUGCGGAGGCUUAACAUGUUGAGAAUGGACAUGGAGUUCUAUUUUAUAUAUUGCUUCUUACUACAACUGCUGCUGCUGUUGGGGUACUGAGGUUCAGCAAUAAUCUCAUUACAUGGACUCGUACUUCUUGUUGUUAUUAAACCCGUGUUUGUUCCACCAUUUUAUUUGUAUUAUAAGGUUAGCUAAUGUUAUGGUACUUAUGCUAUAUUACAAUAUCUCUUGGAUUAUGUCUCAAAUUCUUUCUGAAGCUGAGAUUUUAGAGGCGACGAGGGCUGCAAGAGAGAAUAAUGCGAAAUAUAUUACAAAAUGUAUACUACUGUAUACAAGACACAAAAGUGUGAGAUCUUUCUUAUGAAUUGCUAUUGGAAAAGUCAUGAAUCUUUGAGGACCUUGUAUAAUUAUCACUUGCGGUGUAAGAAGAAUAUAAAUUUGUAGUAUAUUUAGCAGUAUUCAAUGAAGAUGAUCGUUCACAUGAUCUAUGAUGGUUUA